UUUCUUUAGGAGGGAGAUUUGCUUUCUUCUUUCUUCAGCUUUUCUCUCAGUAGAUACAUCAUUCAUUUCCCAGGCCAAAGUCUUCCAUCUUGAACAUCAAUGUAUUGAUAUUGCGAAGCUUUACAGACAACGCGCGUAAAUCGUAUGGGUGGAGGUAACGGAGACAAUACCACUGGAAGUUCAGUAUGAUGAGAUUUUGAUACAACUGGUGGUGUGUUCGGCUGAAGCAUCAGAAUGAGCGAAACACUGCAUUCCCCAUUUGCGCUACGCCGUCUUGCGAUCGACAUGCGUGAUGGAGGUAACCAGGACACAAUCCAAAAUGAAGAGGAGGAAUCCAUCUCGGAGGAUGAAGUCAUAAAUUUAGUGCCAGAGACUUUACUGCCUGCUGAUGGUGCUGCUGCUGUUGGAGGAAAAGAUGUUUUCAAAUUUCAUGCGCACAGAAAAAAUGUUGCUGGACGAAUGGCUGAAGUUGCCUCUGUAGCAGCAGAAGCGGCCAAGUCUAAAACUCCACCAGUUACACCGAAAUCUGCCAAGAAAAAGACAUCCAAGAGAGUGUCCAUUGCACCACAAGUCCAAGUUGCUGAGGCUAAAACUCCAACGAGAGCAUGUAAAGUUUCCAGGAAAUCGACACGCCAGCAAGAAUUGAGAAAACAGGCAAUGAGAACACCCAACAGGAUGGCCAAGCGAGCCUCUCAAGGCAAUUCUGAUUAUGACACAGAUACUGAUAGCGUUGGUGAUGAUUCAGAUGUGGACCAGGACUACAAUUUAGGCAGUGACCGUUCGUCAUCUGAGGAGGAGGCGCACAGUGGGUCGGAAGAUGAGGUCAUUACCAGGAAGGAGAAUGGGCGGGAAAUGGUGAUGGCUUGUAAGACAGGAAGUCUUGGCACGAAGGCAAAUCGAAAGAGGGCGAUGGCGGAGAUGCCUGAGGUUUUGAACACAUAUUUCAUCGCCAAUGCCCAACAGUCCUUGACGUCUGAUCACACACUUUCCAAACUAGAGAUACCAAGAAUGGACCAAGAAGCUCUCGACGUCGCCUUGGAGAAGGUGCCAAAUAAAUAUGUGGAGGAACGGAAGGAACUGUAUCAGGAGUAUCAUGCACUGUUUAACACUUGGAUGUUUCAGCUAUGCGAUGGUCACAAUCUCCUCUUUCAUGGCCUCGGUUCCAAGAGGUUCCUCAUGGACACAUUCCGGACAACGAUGUUGGCGGAAUUCACUCAUCUCGUCGUCAACGGCUACUUCCCGAGUAUAACAAUCAAACAGGUGCUGGGCUCUAUCAUUGAGGAUGUCAUAGGCCAUGAGGGAACGAUCCCCAACCCACUAGACCAAGUGGAGUUCAUAAAAAAUUAUUACACAUUACAUGAUGAAGACCUAUUCCUCAUCAUUCACAACAUUGACGGCCCAAUGUUAAGAGCUGAAAAGGUCCAAACCAUCCUCAGCAUGUUGGCUCAGGUUCCCAACGUCCAUGUGAUAGCAUCGGUAGACCAUAUCAACGCACCUCUAAUCUGGGACCAAACCAAAUGCAGUCGUUUCCAUUGGCUGUGGUAUGAUGUCACGACCUUUGACCCUUACAUUGAAGAGACGUCAUAUGAGAACUCCUUGUUAGUCCAACAGUCAGGUGUCCUUGCUCUCAGCUCCUUGAUCCAUGUGAUGCGAUCACUGACACCAAACUCCAAACAGAUGUUCUACCUUUUGGCUAAUAAUCAGUUAGAACAGCAGGGAAAUAGUAAUUAUAUUGGCAUGUCGAAACAAGACCUGUACCAGCGAUGUCGAGAAGGAUUCCUGGUAAACAGUGAUCUGACAUUGAGGGCACAUCUUACAGAGUUUAAAGAUCACAAACUUAUCAAAGUUAGAAAGGGGCCAGAUGGUAUGGAGUACUUCUACAUCCCACUAGAGGCCACCACGCUGAAGGAGUUUAUGGAUCAGCAGGACGAUGGAGACUAGUCUGUCGUCAGCCUCCUCCCUAAGAUGGAAUGCCCCCCUGGAGAGUCAUCCUGAGAUCAAUAACGAGAGGGGGAGUAUAUUGAAAAUCACUGGUUACUUCAGGAUACUGGAGAGUAGAAUGCAAGUUGAGAACAUGAAAAUUAAUUGUGUAUAACUGGAUUUGCCUGAAUGUUCGAUUAUAUGACAGUUGGUGCUACUUGAGCAACUUUUUGGAUGAAAUCAAGUGGUGUUGCUCAGUCUCUGUGGACUUUUCUCUCGUGGACUAUGUAUUUGUGUACCAUGGUCUUUAUUUUGCUACAAUAAAUUAAUGAGUUUGUAUAUGAAGUGUUCUUUAUUGUAUAGUUCUGAUUGAUACUUGUCCUAGUUUUCCUGGUUCUUACCAGUGUGAUGAUCCAAACUCGAUACCAGUUACAGGCCACAAUAGACUCGCCAGGAUCUUUUGUGGC